AACGGGAGGCUGGCCGGACAGACUGACGUGCGGCCACGUCGCGGGAGGCUCAUGGCGGGGAUGGCGCUGGCGCGGGCCUGGAAGCAGAUGUCCUGGUUCUACUACCAGUACCUGCUGGUCACGGCGCUCUACAUGCUGGAGCCCUGGGAGCGGACCGUGUUCAAUUCCAUGCUAGUUUCUGUUGUGGGGAUGGCCCUGUACACAGGAUAUGUCUUCAUGCCCCAGCACAUCAUGGCGAUAUUGUACUACUUUGAAAUUGUACAGUGAAUGACCAAGAUGGACCAGGAUCGAGAGGUUCCUUGGGGAAGACCUACCCUAUGAAGUUGGAAUGAGACCUCAUCAGAUGUCAUAAGAAACUCUACUAGAUGUCAACAUAACUAACCUUAUAAAGAGAACCUUAUUCAUGAGAACAGGAAAAUCAUCCUGACUCAUGUGUUAUGUUCUUUAUUUUUAAUUAUAAAAGAAGCUCUUGUAUAGUAGUUUUUGUCUAUUUUAACAUCGUAGUCAUUUGUACUUUGAUAUUAGUAUUUUCUAAACCUUUGUGACUGUUUCAAUAUUACCCUGUGAAAGCUUUUCUUAAUGUAACUUUGAGUACAUUUUAAUUGCCUUCUAUUUUUAAAAUCCAAAGUCAUUAGUUAGGCUUUACUGUUCUUGCUACUGUAUGGCAUAUAUAUCUGCCUGGAUAUAUUUCUACUCUUGACCAAAGUUUUGUAAGAAACAAAACAAGAUCGGGGCAGGGAGCUGGGGAGGGAGGAUAUUGUAUUGAGAACUACUUACAAAAGACUUAUCUGUAUGCUUGAACUCAGGAGUACAGUUUUAGCUAUCUAUACUCUAAUAGCUUUUGCUUAAAACUAUUUAAGUGUUUCUUAACGAAAAAGAAAAGAUCUUGCUAAAGUUAAAAUAAGGAACAUUUCACCCUUUAAAUAUUUAAUUCUUAUGUGAACUUACUUCCAGAAAACUUUAGUGAUGAUUCUUAUGACAAAAGGUGGUUAAGUAGCAUUAUUAUGUAAUGGUUAUAUACCAUAGAGUUUUUAAUAGAAGGUAAAUCAGUUUCCUCUGAAGGCCACUAUUAACAGUGUACUUUGAUAAAUUUAGUUUCAUGAUUGUAAUGGGUGCUGCAAAUGUAUUUGCACAUUGCAAUAAGAUAUGAUGAGAUGAACUGUUGUUAAAAACUACAGCAAAAUGUAAACAGUUAAAAUCCUUUCACUCUUUUGUAUUUUUUAAAAAAGAUUUUUAUUCCUUAAAUGUAAAAUUACUACCUAAUUUUUGGAUGUAAACUCAUUAAAUUCAAAGAGAAAAAAAAUCAGCUGAUGUAGCAGUAUAUCUUUUCCUGGAUGAUUAAAUAUUGAUCUAGUAGUUAUGUCUGAAUUGAUUGCUAUCGAGGACUGGGUAAGCAGUAAGUAUAUCUUAACAUGUCUCUCAAUGUAAAAGUAUUGCUAAUUUAAAAAAAAAUAGGCAUUAUAUAUUUUAACAUGCCUUCUAGAAUAAGUUUUGCUAAUUAAAAAAAAAAAAUUAGGUGUUUCUGGCCCUUAAAUGUUAAAGACUAGAUUUUUGAAGUGUUUUCUAGUCCAGAGGUCCCAAGUAAUAUAUUAAAGUUUAGUUUUUUUUUUUUUUUUUUGGUGGCUGGCUGGUACGGGGAUCUGAGCACUUGACCUUGGUGUUAUAACAUCACGCUCUAACGAACUGAACUAACUGGCCAGCCCCAUAAAAGUUUAGUAUUUUUUAAAGAGUCAAUUUAUAUCAUUACAAUUAGAUAGGAGUGGUGAGGAUAAUAUAAGGGUACUUCAAAA